AUGGUCCGGUUGAGAGAGAUCCCCCGGACUGCGGCCUUCGCCUGGUCGCCCGGCGCAAACCCCCUUCUCGUAACGGGUACCCGGUCAGGCGCCGUCGAUGCCGACUUCUCAGACGAGACCAAGCUGGAGCUAUGGGAUCUCAACUUGAACAGUCAGGAACAGGGCGUGGAGCUCCAGCCCUUAGUUAGCAUUGCCGCAGAAUCCAGGUUCUACGACAUCGCAUGGGGCCAGCCCAGUGACGAACAUCCUCGGGGUAUUAUUGCCGGUGCCAUGGAAAACGGCUCAUUGGAUCUCUGGGACGCCGAGAAGCUGAUCGCCGGUGAGGACGCCCUCAUCUCGCGCACCACCAAGCACACGGGUCCCAUCAAGGCCCUACAGUUCAACCCUCUGAGACCCCAGGUGCUCGCGACUGCUGGCGCCAAGGGUGAGCUGUUCGUCUGGGAUGUUAACGACACCUCGGCUCCCUUCCGCCUCGGCGCCGCUGCCGCCCACGAUAUCGACUGCUUGGCCUGGAACCCCAAGGUCGCCAACAUCCUGGCCACUGGUGGUGCAGGAGGCUUUGUGACUGUAUGGGAUCUCAAGACCAAGAAGGCUUCUCUUACUUUGAACAACCAUCGCAAGGCUGUCAGCGCCAUCGCUUGGGACCCAGAGAACUCGACUAAGCUCUUGACGGGUACAUCCGACGAUACCGCUCCCGUCAUCUUGCUCUGGAACCUUCGUAACUCCCAGGCGCCAGAGAAGACUCUCCAGGGCCACGAUCAGGGUGUUCUGUCGCUCUCGUGGUGCCAGCAGGAUUCAGGGUUGCUUCUUUCUUGUGGCAAGGACAACAGGACCCUUAUCUGGAACCCUCAGACUGGAGAGCGUUAUGGCGAGUUCCCUGAGGCUACCAACUGGACUUUCUACACCCGCUUCAACCCCCACAACCCGAACUUGUCGGCCACAGCAUCCUUCGACGGCAAGAUUGCUAUCCAGACCCUUCAGAACACGAACCCCUCGGCGGCUCCCGCGGCUCAGAACAACCUUUCUGACGAUGACUUCUUCUCAAAGGCUGCAUCCCAGCCGCAGGCGGCUUCCUUCUCUCUGCCCCGGGCACCCGCCUGGAUUGAACGCCCCGUCGAGACAGCUCCUGGCCAGAAGAGGUCUUCCAAGUUGCAGAUCUCUUCUUUCUCCAUCGACUCCGACAUUGGCUCCGCGACCGAGAAGUUCGAGCAAGCCAUUCAAAGCGGUGACAUUGCGAGCAUUUGCGAAGAGCACAUUGAAAACGCCAAGACUGACGAGGAGAAGGCCGAGUGGCAGGUUAUGCAGACCCUCAGUGAGUCUGAUGGACGAACCAAGAUCAUUGAGCGUCUUGGUUUCACCAAGGACGAGCCGGUUGAGGAGGCCAAGGAUGCUGAGACGCCCAAGUCUCCUGAGCCUAAGCAGGAGGAUUCUGCGACUCUCAAGCCUAACGGCGGAGAGGGCAAGAAGCAUAGGCGUGUUGUAAGCAUGUGGGGAGACGGCGACGAUGGCGAAGAUUUCCUGUCCGAUAUCGCCGCCACCAAGGGAGCCAAGACUGACAACCCCUUCAACCUUCUGAGCGUAGGCAACACUCAUCUGGAGGAUCAGAUCACCAAGGCUUUGAUCUUGGGCAAGUUUGAGAAGGCGGUGGAGAUCUGCUUGAAGGAGGAACGGUGGUCGGAUGCCUUCCUGAUCGCCAACUGCGGCAGCAAGGAGCUUGUGGAGAAGGUUCAGACUGCUUAUCUUCAACAGAAGAGAGGCAGCCCCAGCUAUCUGCGCCUCAUCAGCUCUGUUGUGGCCAAGAACUUGUGGGAUAUUGCUUACAAUGCGGAUCUUGCUGACUGGAAGGAGACUCUGGUCACCCUUUGCACCUAUGCUGAUCCUUCCGAGUUCCCGGACCUCUGCGAGGCCCUGGGUGACCGCAUCUUCGAGUCUGGUAACAGGAAGGACGCCUCUUUCUGCUACCUGAUCGGCUCCAAGCUGGAGAAGGUUGUCGGUAUCUGGGUGGACGAGCUCCAGGAGACCGAACAGGCUGCCUUGAAGGAGGAGACCGGUGACUCCACCUUCUCGGUCCAUGCCAAGUCUCUUCAGCAGUUCAUCGAGAAGGUGUCCAUCUUUCGCCAUCUGGCUGCUUUGUACGACAAGUACCUAGAGUAUGCUGACAUUGCGGCUGCUCAUGGCCAGCUGUCGGUCGCCCAGAAGUAUCUCGAUCUUCUGCCCACCAGCUAUCCUCCCGCUGAGACGGCGCGCAACCGUGUCAGGCUUGCUACCCAGAAGGCCGGUACUCAGGCUGCCGCUCGUCAAGCCACCCCCGCUGCUCGCACCACCUCCCGUACCGCCGCUCCUGUCGGGUAUCAACAGCCCAGCCUAGUCCCCGCUCCGGUCAACCCCAGCCCUCUGAACCCUUACGCCCCGCCAGCACCGGCGCCGGUAAGCGCUACGUCCGGUAACCCUUACGCUCCUCCUAUCGCUCCUGCUCCUGCCACCACUCCUCAGUACGGAGCCCCCUCUACAUACGGAGCCCCUUCGUCUACAUACGGAGCUCCCCAGAACCAGGGCUAUGCCCCGUCCGGAUACACACCACCCACUCAAAACUAUGCUCCUACUCCCGUCACUGGAUAUGGCGUUCCCGCUCAGAACUUUGGUCAGCCUAGCCCACUUGGUGGUCCGCCCAAGUCCACCGGGCCUCCGGUUCAGCUCAAGAGAGACGGUGUCUGGAAUGACGUGCCUAUGGUGACCAAGGCUCCUCCUCGUAGGAACACGCCGAGUGUCGCCCCCAUGACCUCGCCUUUCCCCGGCCAACCUGGCAUUGCGUCUCCGCCACCAACUGGUGGUCCCUUCCAGCAAGGUGCGCCUACGCCGCCGCCGCCCCCGAAGGGUUCUGCGCCUCCGAGAAAUGUCGGCGCGCCACCAACCGGCCCUCCCAGACCUUCUUCGGUUUCAAGCAACGCUACCAACCCCUAUGCUCCCCCACCACCUGCUGCCGGUCUACAGCCCACAUACGGAGCCCCGCCUGCCCCCAGGACUGCUUCUCCUUACAACCCUCCUCCCUCCGCCACCGCGCCCCCAACCAACCGGUACGCCCCUGCUCCUGCCACGCAGCAGUACACCCAGGGACCACCAUCCGGUCCUGGAAUAGCUCCUCCUCCGGCGUCUGGCGCAUACACUCCUGCCCCUCCAUCAGCGUCUCAGCAAUAUGCCGCCCCACCACCACCCCGGGCUGGCUUCUCUGCACCUCCCCCGGCGUCUAGACCCCCCGGUGGCGGUCCUCCUCCCUCUGCGGGUGGUCCUCCCCAGCAGCAUGCCCCUCCUACAGCUGCCCCUCCCAAGGCCAGAUACCCUCCCGGUGACCGCUCCAACAUUCCCGAGCACGCCAAGGAGCUCGUCGAGAUCCUGAGCAGGGACAUGCAGCGCGUGGCCUCCAAGGCCCCUGCCUCCUUCGCUCCCCAGGUCAAGGACACUCAAAAGCGUCUUAACAUCCUCUUCGAUCACUUGAACAACGAGGAGCUCAUCAAGACCGAGACCAUUGAUCAGCUCGCUCAGUUGGCCGGCGCUUUGGCUGAGAAGAACUAUGACAUUGCAUCCAAGAUCCAGGUGGAGAUUUCCAAGGAGAAGACGGAGGAGUGUGGCAACUGGAUGGUCGGCGUCAAGCGUCUGAUUAGCAUGAGCAAGGCCACUCCUUAG